UCUUUUGACUCCCCCAAAAACGCUUGAAGAGAAGAGAAACCUGAGAGGGAGAGAGAGAAGUAGAGAGGCAGAGGGGAGGGGGUCUGAGAAUUGGUGGUGUCGGGCAUAAGCGACAAUGGCGGAGAAGACUGCGUCACGCGCUCCGGUGUUGCUGUGGCUAUUGUUUUUAGUGUGCUUUGGGAGUCAUCGUCUUCUACCAACUGCAGAAGCCAUAUGGCUGAGCCUUCCCACUUCAGGAACCAAGUGCGUGUCUGAAGAAAUCCAGAACAACGUCGUCGUUUUGGCCGACUACGUCGUCGUCAACGACGCCCACGACGACGGCGCCCACCAUGAUGAGGCUUCCCAACGCCCUCCCACCAUCUCUGCACGGGUAACAUCCCCUUAUGGAAACAGUCUUCACCACAUUGAGAAUGUGACCCACGGUCAGUUUGCAUUUACAACUACUGAAGCUGGAAACUACAUUGCCUGUUUUUGGCUGGAUGGGAAUCAUCAAGGAGGUGCAGGUGUAUCUAUAAACCUUGAAUGGAGAACUGGAAUUGCAGCGAAGGAUUGGGAAUCGGUUGCAAGGAAAGAGAAGAUUGAGGGCGUUGAACUUGAGUUGAGGAAACUAGAGGGAGUAGUGGAAGCCAUUCGUCAAGGUUUAGUCUAUCUUAAGGACAGGGAAGCAGAGAUGAGGGAAGUGAGUGAAACAACGAACUCAAGAGUAGCAUGGUUCAGUAUCAUGUCGCUUGGUGUCUGCAUUAUGGUUUCUGCUUGGCAGUUGUGGCACCUGAGGCACUUCUUUCAGAAAAAGAAGCUUAUCUGAUUUAGGAAACUUCAAAUAUUCAAAAUGAAAAAGGCACGGUAACCUGUGAUUGUUUGUACCAUGUUCAACUUUUUUUUUUUAAUUUAUUUGUAGGUGGGGGAGCUUUCUUUUUGGAUUGUCUUUUUCAUUGAUAGUGAGAUUUUUGUGAUUUUUGUACUUCAGACGAGCUUGUGAUGUGGAGAAUGUUGAUCGUCUUCUGAUAACAAGAGUAUUUAUUGUAAUAUUGGUUGUGAAGUGCUACUCAUAAGAUGUUUAAUGCCGUUUCCUGUUAUAGAUAAGGAUGGAAAGGAAUUUGGAAA